AAAUUAAAUAACAUUAAAGCCCGAGAAACUGAAAGAAGUUCAUCGGUCAUCUCUCUCGUAGCAUUCCACACAUGACCACAUUUAUUAUUUUUCCAACUUCCCACGUCUAUGGAAACUUCUAUUUGAAAAAGAAAAAAAACCCUCCAUCUUCACCCAUUUAAUACCCCAAAAAUAUCACACAAAAACCCAUCAAAAUUCUGCCUUUUCCAGCUGAUUCUUGAUUUCAGCUAUGGCUUCAAUUCAUAUCAUUUCAAUUUUCUCUCUAAUUCUUCUUUUACCAAUAUGGUCCACUGCAGACAAUGCUCUGCCUCCUAUCUUCUCCCCUAUUUUUGAGAAUGUGUGUAAAGAAGUGACUUGUGGAAAAGGAAGUUGUAAGGCUUCUUCAAAUUCUACUUUUGGUUUCGCAUGUGAAUGUGAUGCUGGUUGGAGGCAAACUCGUUUGGAAAAUGAUAAUUUUUUCAAGUUUCUUCCUUGUGUAGUUCCCAAUUGUACUGUUAAUGUAUCCUGUGGAGAGGAGGCUUCUCCUCCUGCCCCAGCGCCUGAUAAACGCGCUAAUUCAUCGUUCUUUGAACCAUGUCAUUGGGCUGAUUGUGGAGGAGGCUCGUGCAAUAAGACCUCUCCCUUCACAUAUUCUUGUGAUUGCCAAGAGGGUUACUACAAUCUACUCAAUCAAACCGGUUUCCCUUGCUUCAAAGAAUGUGCUCUCGGAAUGGAUUGUACUCAGCUGGGUUUUGGUCUAACGAACAAGUCAACUUCUCCGCCUCCGAGUUUGUCUGAUAACAGCAAAAGUAUAGCUAUUUCGUUUUCUGGUGGUGGCUAUGGCUGGUUGAUCGUCACAGCUGCAUCUAUCGCUGCGAUUUUUUGAUAUAGUUGCUCUUGCAUUGAUGAAUAAGCAAGUUAUUUUACAGCUGGUUUGGCUUGGGAUAUCACAUUUAGUUAAUCCGAUACGAGUGAUUUAGAAAAUUUUGGUUUGUUAUAUAGGCCAUAGGUAUAAUAUAUUCCACUUUCUUAUGACAUUGAAGUUGUGUAUUCCCUGUAUAUAGCAAUCUGUGGUUGAUUUUUUUAAAAUUGUGAGACACAUUACUAAAUUUGAUGGAAGAUUGAACCAUUUGUACUUGUGCUAUUGUAGCCCUUGAAAUUAUUUAUGUUUUGUCUAGAGUUGAUGGUCAAAAAGUUCACUUAAAACUAUUA